GCUGUUAAAUUGAUUUCUAAUGUCAACCCUUGACAGAUGCCUGAACUGUGUCGGUAGAAAACAGUGAUGUUAUUUUGUUUUUAAACACGAAAACAAGUGAGAAUCUGAGUGAUGCAACAGACAUGAGAGUAGAGGCAUGUCUAAUACUAAUGCUGAACGCGAUGUCGUGGGGCAUGCGUCGCGGGCCGCAUCACCCGCACGGGCAGACCCCGGUUGAUCAGAGCCACCACCAUUACAAGCCACGGGGCUCGGAGUCACUGACUGGAGACGCGCAACUAUUGCACGAUACCAAACAUAUAGAAGAAGAUACACAAGUCCUCACAGCUGAGGCGCUGUCGAAGAUGACGCCUGAAGAACUGGAGUUCCAUUACUUCUCAGCGCACGAUUUCGAUAAGAAUUCCAUGUUGGACGGCCUAGAGUUGUUAAAGGCUGUAUACCAUACAAUAGAGCAUGAAGCUCCAGACCCGGAUGCGGAUUCAUCUAUUGAGCCUGAAGCCAAUGAUUUAGAUGCUUAUAUCGCUCUGGUGGAUCGUACUCUAGAAUCAGAUGAUAAGGAUGGCGACGGUUAUGUUUCCUACGCAGAAUAUCGUGCAGCUCGUGCCAACAAUCCUUCGGAACGCACUCCCAGGGUUCUGGCUGCUAAUACUCCUUAGUUCUUAAAGCAGAAGUUGAGGAGCAAGGAUGGGUACAAAUAGUUUUUUGUUUUUCGCAAGUAUCUUAAGGAGAUUAGUUAAGAAUGACGGACCUAUGACUUGAAACGAUUUGUAAUGUUGACUGAUUUGGGUUAGU